GACGACUAUGGCUGCGUAUGGCGACGGGCUAAAAUUCUUGGUGGUUGCCAGGCUGUGAACAGAAGUAAAUAACAUGACGUUGAGUUGUGACGUCGAAAGGUUGAGCUAAGCGGCUUGUGAGUCGUACCUGAGAACAUCGCAAGCCUAGGAUACAAAAUUUGAGAUGCUCAGGGGUCCAAGGCAAGAGUAGAUCUCAGAUUUGACAGGAGGAGAGUGCAUCCGAGAGGAGACAUAGAACAGAGUGAGAAGGAGAAUUGGAACCGAUCGAGGACAGUGGGCAUCAACGCAGUGUGAUCCAGAUUUCGAUCCUCCUCGAUCGCGACGCGUUCCUCACUCCCGAGCACCGACAAUUGAAUGCAACCCCAGAUCGACGUAGCCUGUUCUUCCACCACAUCGGUAAUGCAGUCCAACGCAUGUGAGGUCGUCGUGUUAUGGUAAAUUGGUGUGUUCACGUUGUCCUCCCACACCAUGAUCUGCACUUCAGAGAAGACCAGUUCUUCAUCUUCGUUGACCCUCUCACAUUCUCCUUGGAUAUCAGCAAGACAUCGCAUCUGGAAGAUGGACGGCUUCGAUGACGAAGAAAUUGCAAGGUUCAUCUCUUUCUUGGCAGGAAACGUGCACCUCAUUUAUGCUCUUCUCAAGAGCGCUCGCCCUGAGCGUACGGGAGGCCUACAAACCAUCUAAGACAUCAGAUAGAAAGCCGGAACCUAAGGAGAUUAUUGAGAUUCCCUCAAGUGACGAAGAGGAUAACAACGAAGAUGUUCAGUUACAGUCAGACGUACAGCGAGCAAUCGAAGCCUCCAAAGCUCAAAGUGCAAGCUCUUCAAGAACGUACAGUCCCCAAGAUUCGAUAUCUCCAACGAUCUCACCUCCCGCAAUCUCAGCACCAUCAAUGUUAGUACGGUCCAGCAAUGCUUUCCCAUUUGAUCGGGCACAACUCGAACGGGAACGACUAGAACGACAGAAGAGACUCCGUCCUGACCUUGUCGAAGCUCAAUCAAAGCCGCAACUGGACAAUGAAGAUGAGGAGACAGACGAAAAUGUGAACAUGAAUGGACGGAGUGCAAAGAGCACUCGACCCACUACUGGGAAAGCUCCACGCGCAACGACUAGUGGAACGCAAUCAAAGGAACCUGCGGACGCUUACUUUUGGAACGGAGAGCUACGUCAGACGGCGAACAAGUAUGUUGAGCCGAGUAAGGAUACCCGUCCGCUCUUCAGAUUGACAGAUAUCCUUGCGCCGCGAGACGAGAUUUCGUUCGCUAUCAUCUCAGCAUAUUGUGUCGACUUUCCUUGGAUGUACUCCUUUUUCAAUCCCAGCACGCCCGUGAUCAUAGUUGCCCAAGACUCCCAGGGUAAUGAGACCAUGAAAGAAGUCCUUCCGAAUUGGAUCAAGACGACACCAUUUCUUCGCGGUGGACGUGGGUGUAUGCAUAUGAAGUUUAUGCUGAUAUUCUACAAGACUGGCCGAUUGCGAGUUGUCGUGUCGACAGCGAACCUGCUGCCGAUUGACUGGCGAGAUAUUGAGAAUAGCGUAUGGGUUCAAGAUGUCCCUCUGCGACCAAGACCAAUUCCUCACGAGUCAAAAGCGAAUGACUUCCCAGCCGCGUGGACGAGGAUACUACACUCGUUAAAUGUCGCCCCUGCGUUGAUCACGAUGGUGAAGAAUGGCCAUACUGAUUUACCGAUAAGCCGCCUAGAGGACCUACGCCGUAAAUGGGACUUCUCAAAAGUGAAAAUUCACCUUGUCCCUUCGCUGGCCGGAAAGCACGAGGGUUGGCCAAAGGUCCUCCAGUCAGGUCACGUAGCUCUUAUGAAAGCCGUACGAGACAGUGGCGCGCGAACGCCGAAGGGAAAGGAGCUGGUGCUGGAAUGUCAAGGUUCCUCGAUUGGGACAUAUUCGACGCAAUGGGUGAACGAAUUCUAUUGUUCCGCUAGGGGAGACUCGGCGGAGGAGUGGCUUGAUCAGCCAAAGUCGCGACGAACGAAACUGCCAUAUCCUCCGAUUAAGAUUUUGUUCCCGUCGGAUAAGACUGUGAAGGAAAGUGCGCUUGGCGAGCAGGGAGGAGGGACGAUGUUCUGUAGACGAAGCCAAUGGGAAGGAGCCAAAUUUCCGCGCACUCUGUUCCAUGAUUCGAGGAGUAAGAGUGGAGGCGUUUUGAUGCAUUCUAAGAUGAUCAUCGCGACGUUCCGUGAUACAGGUCCUUCGAGCAAAGGCAAGGCGCCACAAUCAGAUUCGGAAACCGAACCGGAGAGCGACGACGAAGUUGUAGAAGUGGAUGCUCAAGGGCGGGAAGAAGAUAAAGUGAUCGGAUGGGCGUAUGUCGGUUCACAUAACUUUACACCUUCGGCCUGGGGGACACUGUCUGGUUCGGGGUUCAACCCCAUUCUGAACAAUACGAACUUUGAACUGGGUAUUGUUUUCCCGCUGCGAAGCGCAGAGGAGCUCGAGAGGGUUGCGUGUUGGGAACGGCCUCCGAGGAAGUAUGUGCUUGGCAAAGACGAGCCCUGGAUGCAGUCGGAAUCGGCUUAUUUCGCAGAGGAAUGAGGUAACGUUACGCCUCGAGUUGCAGUUAUUUGGAUACCUAGGGUCCAUCGUGGAUGUAGUCACACGCCGUCGGUAUUCAAUCAUUGUGAUACCCAAACAUUCAGCACUGCAAACCAUACUCGCUUCUUUACUGACUAUUACACCGGAAUCAAAGGUGGCUGAAGGAGCAGCGAGUAUCUAAAUUCUAGCUCUAUACAGCCCCGACUCAUUUGGCAGUAGCUGAGCGUGAUCGUAUCUUGAGUCACGCUAAGUAUGCCACUGUCGUUAUAAGUUCAUCGUCGUACUUGGGUUUGCAGAUCUUUGAUAUUCUGUCGAUUGUCGGCACUGGUGCGUACUCUGUUUGUGAGGAACAUGAAUUUUAGGUAUGUCUCCUUAGGCCCUGUUGAGUCUUGAAUGUUUGGAUGCUUCGCUGCCUGUCUGACUGAUUCAUAUUCCGCUACUUAUAUAUUAUCACUAUGAAUGGAACCACCAAGGGGGUUUACGGGACACGACCUGCAAAUGUAUAGAACGGCCUCCGUCCGCGCAUUUGUUUCGACGGCGUUGUCUAAAUUUCUAAUACACAUGGAGCUUCGCA